GGGCCUAACCAUAUAAUCCGUAACCUGAACAGUCCCCAUUUCUUGCCCGCAACUGCAAUUUUGAUUUUAGAGGGCUCUGCUUUUGUUCGCCAAAUUUAUACACAAUUUCGUCAUUUUGCAUUUCUUGAUCUGUUUGGGAUAUAUCAUAUGUAGCUCCUGCAACAAAUAAUGCUUCUAAUAUCGAGGGUGAAGAAAUUGACGAAAAACAAUGGGAAGAAAGAUUUGACAAAUGAAUGAGAUUACGCCUUCUAACAUUAUGUUGUGUUCUACAAUUUUAUUUAAAAUACAUAAAUAAGUCUUCCCAUUGUGAGGAAGGAGAUAUUGAAAUGUCUCCGUCUUCCAUGGUUGAGAAAAGAAGAUCAACUGAAAGUGGAAGCCUACGUGAUAAUUGUAAAAGAACGAAGUCAGGUGCAUCUCCAUUGAAGGAUAAGAUUAAGAUUAUCCUUGCUGCAUCAUCUGGAUCUUCCAUUAAAGAGUGCAUGGCAAUGGUACACAAUAUGGAAGGAAUAGCAACGGGAAGUCAGUUUUAUUGCUAUGUGUGUAACUUUCUUUGUAACAAAGAUGCAUGUACAGUCUUUGAUUCGGUUAAAAAUGGAACAGUGCGAUUGAAAUGGCUUAUGUAUAAUUAUGAGACUUGGUGAUCAAAAAUCCUGUGAUGCCAUGACAAAGUUUCUGAAAGUGGGGUUGUUUUUUCAUCGAUAUACGUAAAAUUUGGAUUAAAGUUGUUAGAACUGCUGGAACAAUGUUCAUCAGUUUUUAGCUAGUGCAGUGACUAUGGAUUCCUUGA